CUUGUCAGCUUAAACUGUUAAAAUGGCGGAAGUAUUGAAAAAGAAUUCAGUUAAAAACAGCUCAGACGAUGCUGUUCCUGGGCGUAGAAUACAAAUAUUAUGUCAGCCAUGUUCAAGAAAGGAUUUGAAAACAACGGCUGAUGUGUUUUGUUCACAGUGUGACGAAUUUCAGUGCAGUGAAUGUUCAAAAGCCCAUACAGUGUAUGCGUUUAGGAAAAUUCACAAAUUAGUGAAUGCGACAGAUAUGAAAGGAAUGGCCAGUUGUGAACAGCACGAAAAGUUAUUGGAAUAUUUUUGUGAAGACGAGAACCAGCUCUGCUGCAGUACAUGUGCUAUAGUGGAUCACCGAAAAUGCCAUAGCGUCGUAGAAGUACCGAAGACUGCCGGGAAGUCGCGUUAUGCUGGUUCCCAUUUAAAGAGAAAAUUGGAAGAAGCAAAAUCAAAGGCGGAGAUGAUUGUUAGUCAUACCGAAUCAUCAAAAGAACAACUCAGUAAAGAUAUCAAAUCAAUAUUUAUCGAGAUUAAAAGAAUGAGAGGUGACAUGAAUAAAAUGUUCGACGACUUGGACGUUUACGUUACCAGGGAAACUGACGCAUUUCAAGCUGAAGUAACUAAUAAAUUGGCACAGAAACGAUCCAGUUGUGAAAAGCAUAUCUCUGAUGCUACAAAGUUACUGGAAAUUGUUGAUACAGCUCUGGAGAAUGGGACGCCAUCACAGCAGUUUAUAGUAAAAGAGAAGUUAAAAAGACAGGCCAAUGAACUUUACAGGAACGUGGAAAAUGACUGUCAAAAUUUAGAGUUUGCUACAGUUAACUUUAAAUUCGAUGGAACAAUAAUCUUGCCACCAUUUAAUAUUUCUGGUUACGUUCCAGGAGAGCUAACUUUAAAUUACACCCUGCCUGAAGCAAAGAAAUCUGUCGCAGCUGUAGACCCGAUUACUAAAUUAAAGAAGAUUACUUCCAUUGAUCUGAAGCAGGCUGGAAAUAAUGUGAAGGAACCGUUAUAUACAGGACUCGAUUUCCUGCCGGAUGGUAGACUAUUUGCCGUGGAUAAUAAGAACAAUAAAUGUUUGAUUUACAAUGAAAAGCUUGAGAAAGUAGGAUCAUAUCAGUUAUCGUAUUCACCACAAAGUGUUGUUGCUAUAUCUGAGGAGGAGGUGGCGAUAACAAGUAGUGGUAAAUACCAGAUAGACUUUCUACGUGUCAGUAAAUCAAAUGAUAUAACUUUGAUCAGGACAUGUAAAGUUAAAGCACAGAAUGAAUCUAUUUGUCUGAAAGAUGAGAGACAUUUUGCUGUUGGAACUAUUGAUGACACAAGACCUGUUCGUAUUGUAUCAAUGUCAGGUGAAGAGAAACAUUUCAACGUCAAUUUUCCAAAUAAGAAAUAUUCUGUAGGCACUAGUGCGUGCAACUAUAUAAGGAAUACUGAGAAGAUGAUACUAACCGAUAGGCACGAGCAUACUGUUUAUAUAUACGACGUUGCGACCAACACCAGAGUCGUUGUCAAGGACAAACAGAUAAAAGAACCACGUGGUGUAGCAGUAGGUCCAUCCGACUGUAUCUUGGUUUGCAGUAUGAGAACAGACUCCAUUGUACAGAUCUCUCAAACAGGUCAGAUCAUAUCAUCGUACAAGUUAGCUAUGAAAUUUCCAUUCAGAGUUUGUGUUUCCAGGGACAAAUCGAUUGUUGCUGUUACGAAUUGCUGUGACGGCAUAAAAAGGUUACUGUUGUUUAAAAUUACAGGUUCAGAGUGAUGACACUAUUGUUAUUACUCAGAUGUGACAGAUAUUUUCUGUAUGUGCUAUAUGUUGUUUUGAUAUAACAUUCAUGUAUUCUUAUCAAUAUACAAACAGUUAGUCAGCACUUUGAAAACAGCAGAUUGCUACUGUUUAUCUACAUCAGACCCAAAUUCAUAUUAAAAAUAUAAACAGUAUACGAGUAAACAUAAUUUUUUAAAGUAAUAUGUUUGUAUGUACAUGUAUAAACAGUACCGUAUGUAAAGUUUGAAGCGACUCGUUUACACAUUUAUUAAUAUGUAAAGAUCCAUAACAUUAGGGUACGGUCAAAGUGACCAGUGGUUGAAACUGACAUUUGUUUCCAAGAUAUCCUUUUUGAUUACCAAAUAUAUUGUGCUGAAGGGAGAAAAACGUUGUAACGCUUGCUUUUAAAGCAUUGUAGAAAAUCAA